UUAAAAACUGGUACACAGCUAGUUCCAUUCAGGCAGUUUUACUACGCAUUCACAGGCACUCAUAAAGACGCACUCUUAAAGAGAGCAGCGAAAAUAUUUACUGUGAGACGGUUUGUGAAACAUUCAUCGGAGGGCUUAAACAAAGGCCGGAACUGAACAGUAUUUGAACUGAACAGCAUUUGAACUGAACAGCAUUUGAACUGAACAGCAUUUGAACUGAACAGCAACAAGAGCUUUGAUUCACGAAACUAAGUGUUGUUCCUAAACCGGAAUAUGGACUUCACUGAGUCACAGGACGGAGAGGGAUGGUAUUUUGUCCAAAACAAAGAAGAAAUCGAUACAAAAUGCUUGUUGAAAGAAGGAGGGCCGACAGAGGAAGAUAUUGAAUGUAUAGUCAGAGAAAUAAGCGGCAAUCCUGGUGAAGAGAGGAAGCUAUUUGAGUUAACGCGGGUUAACAAUGAUGAUGCAGGAUACAUUAGUGGGGAUUCCACAGACAACGCUAAAGAUUUCACUGAUGGAAUGACCAUACUCAAGCAUCAACUAAACAACCAAACGUACGAAGGACUAGCUGCAGUUUUAAGUGACCCAUCCCUGAACAGGAAAGAUUUGGUGGUUAAAGUUUGCUGCAUCCACGAAGAUCUGCUUCCCACCUACAUUUUGGCGAGAGGCAACCAAGCCGUAACAGCUUAUCGAGGAGCUUUAAAAUCAGGCGAAACACCCGACAACCGAGUCAAGGUAAUAUUGAUUGGUGAUGAUCAAGUCGGCAAAACAAGCGUUGAAAAAGCACUGAGAGCCAAAACACUUAAGAGUAAAGACACACAUGGGUCAGAAGAGCUAGGACAAGUGACUGAAAAAAAUCGACCAGUGUUGCCACAAACUGAUGGAGGUAUUUCGCUGCUACAACCUGUGGAUAGAGUGGACGAGGAAGCCAGCUUGGUUGAAGAGAUCUCAUUAUACGAUGAGGUCGAUUGCGUUCGGCGUAAUUCCCCUGAAAAAGAAUUAGAAAUAUGGGAAUUAUCUGGCCAAGGCGUCUACCGUGCCAUACAUCCUAUGUUCAUGACCCCAGAUGCUGUAUACAUCUUGGUGUUUGAUCUGUCAAAGCGAUUGUUUCAAACGUCAAGGGAAGAAGACAACGAGAACAGUUUGCCACCGAAUUCAGGGAAACAAGAUUCCAAUCUUGAUUGUAUUAUGAGGUGGAUGGACAUCUUGAAUUCCUUGAAAUAUUCUGCCGAUGGUGAAACUCUUCCCCCAGUUAUCCUUGUGGGUACUCAUGCUGACCGUGUUGAAGGAGACCCGGAAAAAAUCAUGGGUGCGCUUUUGGACAGAUUCCGCAACAUCAAGCUGGGCGAUCAAAUCAAAGGAAAAUUCGUCUUGGACAAAACACGCAAUGUAAACGACCAAGAAGACCGACAAAUUGCCAAUUUGCGUCGGCGAAUAUUAAAUGAAGCCAACAAGCUGCCGCAUGCUAAGAAGAAGAUCCCCCGUAAAUGGUUUGACAUAGAAAGAAAGAUUCAAGAAGAAGCUAAAAGGGGAGUUAAGUAUUUUACUUCCAAAGAGGUCUUCACAAAAGAAAUUGUCAAGAAAGUUUGUCAAACUCAAGAUGUACAUGAUAUCGACCAGAUUUUGCACUUCCUUUGUGAUCGUCGGUCGAUAAUCUAUCCCGAGAAUGCUUCUGAAGAAGAUGGCUUGGUAGUACUGGAUCCACAGUGGCUUGCGGAUGGACUUUGCAAAGUAUUAAAUAAAGAAGAAGACGUGGUAGAAUUUCGAAACCUACGGCACGAACUUCGAGAGACAGGCAUCCUGCACCAAAAACUUUUUGAUCACGCCUGUCUAGAGUGGGGUGUACAAGAAAUUCAGCAGCCAUUGGUUUCUCUCAUGAAACAUUACAAUCUCCUUUUUUCCUGUCCAAGUAAGGACAGGGGAAAAGAAGAUUGUAACGAGCAACCCAGUUAUCUCGUUCCAAGCAUGAUUAGAAGAAAGAUGGGAGAAGAUAAAGUCAUCUCAAGUAAGAAUGGUUCUUCAACACAUCCACCGAUUUAUUUAACCUUUAGAACCAAGUUUGUACCAAUGGGCUUAUUCUCCAGACUGGCUGUGCUUAUUGGAGCAUGGGCUGCGACAAAAAGUUCCAGUGACCAGCCGCAGAUCUACGCCGACACAGCACACUUCAUUUUAGAGGGCAAGAAAUUCUUGGAGUUGAAGUGCUUGAAAAGUGUCAUUAGGUUGCAAGUUUGGUCUCAAGACAGCACAGAUCCACUAUACGCUGAUCCAGGAUUUUACUUCGAGAUUUAUCGCUGUUUGGAAAGGAGUUUGGAAGCGAUACGAACAACUUGUCACUGGUUACGUUCUGUUUCCCGGGAUCUUUGUGUACAAUGCUGCGUACAAUCUUGUCCAGGCACGGUCAACUCAAAAACCGGAAAAUGUAUCUGGCACGACAGGGAAAAAUGUCCUCAAGAAGACUGUGCACACUAUAUUCCUUUGAAAAGGCACGCUACCUUGUAUUGUCCACAGACCAUGACGUGUCUCCCUGAGGGAAAAUUUAAGAUGUUGGUGCAGGCUUUGGAGAACAAUAACAGUCAAGAGAGAAAAGUUGACCAUUCAUCGGCCAUCUCACGAAAAGAAAAUCUAGCGCUGCCUUCAAGAUCCUCGACCAAUGAAAUUACUGUUCUGCUGUUAGCUGAGGAGUGGGGCUCAGGGAAGGGAGGUCUAUCAACAAUCAGUAGGGAACUGGCAAUUGAGCUUGCAAAAUAUUCCAAUCUGAGAAUCCACUUCUACGUCAUCAACUCCAGCGAAGAAGAUAAGCAAAUGGCGAAGAGAAGCAACAUCAACGUCAUAAAAGCCAAAGAACGACCUGGUUUUAAUAAUGGUUUUGACCGGUUAGCGUUCCCUCCGGUAGAAUUACCAGAGAUUGACGUUGUUAUUGGGCAUGGAGUGAAGCUGGGAAAGCAGGCUCAAAUUAUUCAAGUCAAACAUCCAAGAUGUGUCUGGGUUCAGUUUGAGCAUACCGCUCCGGAGGAACUUGGCGCCUACAAGAAUUAUGAGGGCAACAUCGCGAGAGGAGAAACGAAGCAUUGCGAUGAGGUAGGUCUCGCCGAACUCGCUGAUAUCGUGGCUGCAAUCGGUCCCAAACUGACAGAGUAUUACAAGACUUCACUGCGUCCUUUUAAAGGUGGACCGGACAAGGUUUUCCAAAUGACUCCGGAUCCAAGCAUGUUCCACGAAUUUCAUUCGUGCGAGCAGGACAGGGAAGACAGAGACAAUUUCAACGUUUUGAUAUUUGGUCGUGGUGACUCGGAAGAUUUCGAGCUUAAAGGAUUUGACAUAGCCGCAGCAGCAGUUGCAGAACUUAAGGACGGGAGGUACCACCUCUAUGCUGUUGGUGCUACACACGGACAACAGGAAGUUGUUCGAAAGAAGUUACUUCAGUAUGGUCUCUCCGAAAGUCAGUUGACAGUUCGUGGUUUUAUCGAACGUAGAGAUAAAGUUGCCCAGUUGCUGUGCGAAGUGGACCUUGCCAUCAUGCCAUCAAGAACAGAGGGCUUUGGACUGACAGCUCUUGAGGCCUUAGCUGCUGGUCUUCCGAUUUUAGUUGGAGCAGAUUCAGGUUUUGCCAAAGCUCUUCAAAAUAUUAAAGAAUCAGCUUGCAUCGUGAAUGACAAUGACAUAAAGGAAUGGGCCAAAGCAAUUCGAGGCGUCAAGGAGAAACCUAGAUCAACGCGAUUAGAAGAAGCCAUGAGGUUAAAAGAGAGGUACCAAGGGGAAUUUUCCUGGUCAAAGAGAUGUAAAACCCUCCUGCAGAAAAUUAAUCUUCUUGUUGAAAAGAAACGUCACAGUAAAGAUAUGAAAGACGAACAAAAGCGUGAAGACGCAACAAACCCAGAGGAAAAUGAAGAAGAUGAAACGCAAAACCAGUCACAAACAACGCGAACACCUGACGCAGUUGAGGAACUGGAGCCGACAGAUUAUGACGAGGGUUACAGUUGCUCCAAAGACAGAACCAAUUCAAAUCAAUCUUUAUCCGGACAUGAGGAGACCAGACAUUCUCUAGUCGUAGAGCCUGGUUUAUCUUCCGAGAUCGAAAACACGCGACUUAACAAGCAGCAAAACGGAUCUCAACUUGAGCAAGAUGAAAAUCAGAAGACAGAUGCAUUCGAAAAGAAUUCAACCCAAGAACCACGACAGAGGAAAAAUCUUCCGAGUCAAACGGAUUGCGACGGAAAGAUGACGAAAGACGUGAAGCGUUCAAGGAUCGAGGGCCUUCAAUGUUGGAGAACAAGAAGUUGCUUGAUGCUACUCAUAUUAGUAAUGUUGAUAGCAGCAGCAUUCUGUUUACAACUGUAGAGUUUUAUGAAGGAUUAACGGAGUGCGCCUCUGUUGGCGCUUGUCUGUACUAUAGAUAACUUGUAAUAAGCUCAGUUGGGCGUUAAUAAGUAUUUUGCAUCGAAGUAUCCAUAAAUCAACCAUUUACAUUGGUAACCAUAAUACCCUCCACACUGUUCUAAUAAUAUUUCCUAUGGAACUGACAAGGAGAAAUUAUUUGAAAAUAAGUAUCUUUUAAAUUAGUGAUAAUUUUUCUGUAUUCUCAUGACCUUUAUAUUUGAUUUAAGGGUGACACUGUUAGGAGAAAUGAGUACUCAGUCAUUUUUAGGGGUAUAGAGGUAAAAUAACAUUUCAUCUGGCGUUCCAAUUCAUCAAUUAUAUAAUCAUUGUACGAUCCAAAUGAUAAAAAUCACACCUUACUUACUGCUCUAUUGUUUUUUUAGGGGGAGAGGAGAGGGGGUCAAAUAAAUUGCCCUUUUUCAAUCAAGAUCUCCAGGUAUAUUCUCCGUACUGCGUGUCUUUCAGAUUUGGUGGUGUAAUAUGGUUUUUCGCCCCUUUCCUUAACAACAUUUACAUAAGGGUUGUGGGAUUCCUUAUUAGCGAUCCCCGGGUCAAAUUAUCAACGCAUUAACCACGAUCACAUAAACAUAGUAGACAUUAAAAUAUCUUUAGGGCAUCUAUAUAAAUUCCAUUCUUAGAGAAUUAAGCCGUUACUUAAAGUAUCAUUCUAUUCAUUUAUAUAUUUAUGUCAAAAUAUAAUAAACAUUACUGGGUAAAGUCGUAAAACGUA